UUGGCGAAAGAGAAAAAAGAAUUGUUCUCUGCUAAGCUUGGUACUUCCUUUGUAGCGAUUACGCAAAAUAAAAAUGUAUUUUAGAUUACUCGUGAAACACCCACUCUAUGGAAUGUUAUGAUCUUCUAAUAAGCAUUACAUCAGAGAAAGUGAGUGUAUACCUUGAGAAAAUUGAAGAUUUUUGUCUCCUAAAUAAAGUGCGAGCGAAACUAUUAUCUCCGUCGCCGGAAAGGCUGAUGUCAGAUCUGUCUUGUCAUGUGGAUGUAAAUAGAAAUUAAUACUAAAUACCAAAUGUCAAAUAUUCGUUUUUUUGGACUAGAAAAUAAGGAAUAUUUGUGAACUACUAUUUUACGUUGUGAUUUUUUAUAUAUUUUCUUCACUCUUACUAAUCAAUUAUGCUUUGUGAAAUUUGUGUAGCUGCUCUUAGCACUAGGAUCUUCACAAUUGUCACAAGAUGAAGUACUGUGAAAUGGUUACAGAUAUUUCCUCUUCCAAAAUGAAUUCACAUAGUAAAAAUGAGGGCUUUAGUUGCAUUUCUAAUUCACACGAUGCACUAGAUACACGAUGGAAUGGCGACAGUACCCAUCAGAAGUGUUACGAUGCUGUAGUUUUCUCAGUGCUUAGAGUAGCUCCUGAAGACUUUGCUAGUCAAUUAUGUUUAAUGGACAUUGCAGUAUUCAGAGAAAUUCAGCCUGAGGAAUUGUCCAGUUGCAGUUGGAACAAAAAAGAAAAAAUGACCUAUGCUCCAAAUGUUGUGGCAUUCACACAGCGUUUUAAUCAUGUCAGCCUGUGGGCUGUCAAAGAGAUACUUUCUGGACAAACAGCAAAAUCCAGAGCUGAAAUAAUUGCUCAUUUUAUCAAAAUAGCUAAAAGACUUCACGAAUUCAACAACUUGCAUUCAGAAUAUGCAGUUAUUUCAGCUUUACAGAGUGCAUCUGUUUUCAGACUGGAAAAUACAUGGACACAACUAUCCAAAAGAGACAAGAGCACAUUUGACAAGUUAACAGAAUUAUUUUCGGAUACAAAUAACUUUGAAAAGCUUCGUGAUCACAUGUCAAACAUCAAGCUUCCCUGUAUUCCUUAUUUGGGUUUGUUCUUAAAAGAUCUAGUAUUCAUUGACAUUGCUCAUCCUCCUACUCAAGGUUUAGAUAAUCAUCAUCGCCAAAUGAAGAUGAAUAAUAUUCUUCGAAUAAUUGCUGAUUAUCAACAGUCAAAUUAUGAUCAUCUUCCAGUAUUACCUCACAUUCAGAAUUAUUUAAAAUCUGUAAGAUACAUUGAUGAACUACAAAAAUUUGUUGAAGAUGAAAAUUAUAAGUUGUCAUUAGAACUCGAACCCUUAAAAACUUCACCAAACUUGAGAGAAAACAACUGCCGCAGACAUUUAGUGACUGAAGAUUUAAAACUCUCAGGUCGAAACAAUUUAGGAAUUCCAGGCUCGUUUGAAGCUCGUUCCUCUAGGUCUAUGCCAGGACAUGGCUCUCGAUUUGUUCCAACUCACAGGAAAGCAUGGAGCUUAGGAGCAAAUGUUCUUUCAUCACUGUCAGUGGACACAUUAAGCUCAUGUUCUACAUUUUCAUCUGAAAGGCAUCUACUAGAUGACAGUAUAAUGGAGCAUGCUCCAAUUGUCACUAGAAAAAGAUCGCUUGGAAGUAUAGAAGAUAUUCAUGAUCAUUUCGAUACUUGGAUGGAACAUCUUCCCCUUAACUGCAGUGAAAGUAAUGAAAUCAACUUAAAACAUGUUGAUGCAGUUGCCACUUUCCAAGGAUAUGUUAGAAGAAAGACUGUUUUAAAAGAAGGAAAGAAACCAGCUAUGUCACCAUGGAUGAGGUAUUGGCUUGUUCUUAAAAACACUACUCUAAUUUAUUUCCCACCCAAAUCUCUGAGAGGUACUGAAAAGUCUGAUUUCAAGAGCCUGCCAUCCAAGUCCAUUGAUAUUUCUGGGUGCUUAGUCGUUUGUUCAGGAAAUCAAUCUGAUGCAUUCCAACUGACUGAUCCCUUGAGAGGAAAUGUUUACAAGUUCCGUACUGGCUCUCCUUUAAAGGCUGUUCAUUGGUUUAACUGCCUAAGAAAAGCCACCAAUCAGUAUGAUGAAUGUACUCACUUAGAAAAUCUGAUGACCUUUGAAUAACAACUGAGUGAUUUAGUUAAGAUGGUUUUUUAAUUUGCUGCAGAGUUGGGAAGAUGCCAAGUGCCUCUAGACCAUGUGCCAUAAACUUUUUAUCACUUUCAUUUUUAUUAUGUUAUGUAUUUGUUAUGAACUACUUUACCUAGCCAAAGAAAUUUCUUUGAAUUGGCAAAUGUCUACGUCCAAAUUACAUUGAAAGAAGAAAAAAAUGCAAGUAGUUUUAUUGUUGGUCUUCAAAUAAGACGUUUUUAACUUCUUGUGUAUUUAAAAUCCAUUUUUGCUGUAAAAAUUUUAGUAUUUUCUGACUGACCAUUUUUAUUUAUUAUAGUUGUUUUGAACAGCUUUAUAAAAUUCAUUCUUAUUUUUACUAUUAAAAGUUGAUGACCUAUGUUAGGUGACAGAAAAAUUUAAACAUGAAAUAUGCAAAAAUUUCUUUACAAGUCAUACACUUGCCUAAGUGAACCGACAAGUUGGUUCACUUUGAGUGGAAAACAUACACAUGUUUCAAUGUUACUUCUUGUUGAAACCUUGAUACACAUGAAGCAAAUUUUGUUUGAUUUACAUUUUUUAAACCAGAAUAAGAUAGGAGCUUAGUUUAUUCAUACAAUGCACAAAGAUAUAAUAGCAAAAAAUUACCCUAGGUAUUUUUUUUUUUAAAUUUGAAAUAGUUUUAAACUUAAUAGCAAAAGAAAUUUUUUAUUUAUUUAUAAAUUUUUAAUGAAUUUCUUGCUAAAAUUGUAGUUUAGAUUCAAUUCUUAUUUGUACAGUGAUUUCAUCAUAUUUAAUGAUUCAACAGCGCUUCAGCUUUAAACACUAACUUUUUGUAAGCCAACAAAAGCACCUCUUUUGAAAAUUUAUCUUCCAUUCAACAAAUCAGGUUUCCAGGAUUCGAUAAUUAUAAAAGCUUAUUAACUCUGGCAAGAAUACUGAACCGUUGAUAAAAUGAUGUACUACUUUCUCUUGUUUAAUUCAUUAUUUGUUAAGAAAAGAAAUGAAUUGAAAGAAUUUUUUUAAUUUCAAAUGAUAAUAUUUAGAUGAAUUUGACAUUUUUUGUACUUUGUUGAAAUUUUAAUAACUUUUCAUUCAAAGACUCUAUUUUUUAGUAGCAACUUUAGUUUCUUUACUAAAAUGAAAUAAAUGUAAUCUUUGUUUGGAAGAUUACAGAAGUCUCAACUGAAAGUACUAAGAUAAUAAUUUAUUGUAACAAUAUUCAUACCUAUUUUAGCUCAAUAUAAUGAUUUACAAAUGACAAAUUUACGAUAGCUAUAUUCAGAAAUAUUUUAUUUAAAAUUUUCGACUUUUGAAAUGGCAAGUUUCGAAAUGUAUUGAAAAAUUUGCUCUUUUUUUCUAAAAUAAUUUUAAACUUUUUUUAGUGACUGUGGAGUUGAACUAUUAUUUUUAGUUUAAUCUCCAUAAAAGUAACCAAAACUUUUUUUUCUACUUAUUUGCUGCUCAGUUUUAUACAUUAUAUAAUGUAUCCAUUGAAGAAAUUGAUUAUUUCACAAAAUUUCCUACUUUAGUUUUUUGAUUCAAGCGUUAUAAAGAAAAAAUACUACCUUGUUUUGAUUUGUAUUUAAAUGUAAAUAUUUAUUCAUUUUUGUCUUUAAAUUUAUUCAUUAUUUAUAGAUAAAGUUGUUUUGAGGUAAGUUAAUUCAGUAGAACCUCGAUUUAUCAAUAAAUCUCAUUCGAUUUCUCAAAGAACCACUCAUUAAAAACGUUACGGGAAAAUGAUGAAUGUCAAUCAACUUUAAAUAUUAAAUAUUGGUUUGAAAAUGUAUGAAAAGUAAUAAAGAAGUUAAUAAAUUACAAAUUAGGUCUUUUCAAAUCAAAAAUUAAUAAAUUUACGAUGUGUAAAAAAAGAUUGUGUUAAAAUUUUUAUAAUUUAUGCGAAAAAGGGAUAAAUAAACAUUUAUUUAUUUAAAUUACUUGGAAAGUUUAGUUUGAACACACCCUUUUCUUGGACAUUUGUAACAGAUUACUGUUCAUUUUCUGCAAGUUCGUAUGAAUACUGAAAGUUUUUCUGAGAGUUUACUGAAAGUUUGAAGACCUUCCAGGAUGGUUGCGGAUAAGUUCGCUAUUUCAUUGGUAUCACUUUGCACUUAAGCUUCUGCAACCAUUUCUUGAGACAACUCCAAGUUUCAACAUUUUUAUCAGCUGAUGCAUAAACAACAAACUUAACCCUCCAAGCUGUAAUAAAUCCUUAUUUUUUUUUUCUUUAUUAUUAUCAUUAGCAUCUAGAGUUACUGUUUUUCUUAUCAAAACUAAUUAAUUUCAGUAUUUUUGUUAAAUGUCAAUAAAAUUUCUGAACCUAUUUAACUAUAAAACUAACUAAGAAGUAUUAUUAACAUUAUGAGAAUAGCAUUUGUAAUGGGACCAUUAAAACAAAAUGAUGCAUACAAGGAAGCAAAAGAUGUUGGGAUCCAGGUUCCACUAAAUGUAUUAUCUUAAAUAAGACAUAACAUAUUAAGUCUGUUUUUUUUUUUUUUUUAAUUUUUUUUAUAGAAAAUAAUUUAAAUUUUUUCUAAUUAAUAAAUAUGUUCUAUAGAGUGUGAUGCCAAAGAUUCUUUUCCCAUUAUGUCAAAAUCAGCUAGCAAAAAUAAAUUUGCUUUGUGAUAGUAUUUUAUUUGUCACUAUGAUGCAACAGCUCAAGGUAAAUAAAUAAUGUAUAUAAUCAUCUUGUGAAUUGCUUAGGGUGGAAUGCCGCUGUGAAAUUUUAUAAAAGUAAUUUUUAUAAAAUUUUAAAUCAUUUUUCCAAAGGUACUCAUAUAUUUAAUUUAUUUUUUUUUGUACUUGGUAUAAUUUGAAGGAAAUUUUGGACAUUAACUCUUUCAAAUUUUAAAUGGCAUUUUUUUUAACCAUAUUAUUUGUAUUCCAAUGUUAUUAUAUUAUCAAUGCUAGACACAAUAACUUCUGUAAUUUCCCAUUGAUUUGUCAAAAAUUAAAUACCGUGUACAGUGUAUCUCCAAAUUCACAUAAUUUAUGAUUUAUAUAAAAAAACUCAGGUUUUUAAUUACUAAUUAAGAUCUUUUUUAUUCACUUAUAAAGUAUAUCAGUUAACAGUGAAGAGGAGCUGGCUGUCACACUCACUCUUUUGCAGAAAUUUUCAAUAAUCAUUUUGUUGAAAUUUCAUUCUUCAAUGCAUGCAUGAUUAUAGUCUUAUUGACCUAAAACCUAGGUGUCAAAAGACCCUAAAGUUAAUCAGAUGAUCUGAGUAGUCAGUUGUGAUCAUCAUCAAAACAACCAGAAUGGACGCAACAAUGCUCAAAAUAUUGCUCAAUUAUGAAAACACUUUGUCCUUUCAUAUAUCACACCAUUUUUAAUAGACCCGACUGUCACUAAUUCUUUUUUUUUUCUGCAGUACAUUUUAGAGCAAAAAAAGAUAAAUACAUUUUUUGUAAUAAUUUUGAGACAAACUUUAAAUAGUUCAGUUUAGUACACUCAUUUAGUUUAUUAUUUAUUUAUAAAAUCAGACAUUUGAAAAAAUACCUUACAAAUUUUAAUUUAUUUUAUCAAUCGAAAAAUAUAAAUAUAGUCGAAAAAUUUGUGUUAAAUGAAGCCACAUUAGUAAAAUGUGUUCUGUUAAAUUUUUAUUGAAAUAUUUUUUUAAUUUUUUACUUAUUCGGUCAAAAGUUAUUGUGUCUGCUAACACAUCUAUUUGAGAAAAUACCAUUUAAAGUUAACAAAAGCUUGCUUCAACCAUACAUGCUGAAUCUUUCUCUAUGAGUUAAACAAAUGAGUCUCAUUUUAUGAGUUAUGAACUUGUACUUUUAGGAAUACCUUUGCAAAUGUGCAUUCUGUGAAUUAUUUAAAAAUUAAACCAAUUUUUUAAAAUUCUUUAAUGUUUGCCUUUAAAUUUGUUGGUCCUGUUUCCUUCCACAAUUUUUUUAUUUUAUUGUUUGAAUAUUGUAAUUAUUUUAAAAUUGUGAGUUAAAACUGAUAUAACAUUAUGUGCUUGUAAUGUUAAUUGUUCGAAACAUAUGUAAGUAAAGCACGAUUGCCUAGUUAGUAGUUCAUAAGUUGCUUAAAUACAGAUAAAUGUGAUGUAGGUAAAAGUUGUUUGUAAACAUUGUAAAAAAAUUUCUUUUUCUUUAUAUUCCCAUUGUAUUUAGUCAUUAUGAUAUACAACAUAUCUGAAAUGCUUUAUUUCUGACUGUGAUUAAGCUUUCAUACUGCAUCAUUGCCUUAAUAUUUUUUUAAGAUUUUAGAAAGUGCCUUUUGUUGCAUAUUAGAUUCAGUGUUUGUGAUGUACUUGUAAACUAAUAAAAAUCAUUUCUAGCAUA